AUGAAGUUUAAUUACAAGUUUCAAAAUCUCCUCGGUACAGUGUAUCGACGCGGUGAUAUAAUAUUUACAAAUGAUGGAAAUUGUGUUAUCAGUCCCGUCGGUAAUAAAAUUACUAUUUAUAAUCUUAAACAUAACAAAAGCAACACCCUGCCGGUGGAGAGCCAUUUCAACUAUACAGCUAUAGAUGUGUCUCCAAAUGGCUCAAUUCUUCUUGCUAUAAAUGAAAAGGGUGAAGCUCAAAUGAUCAGUCUGUUGACUUGCACAGUGAUACAUAGGUACAAGUUCAAGCAACAGGUAAAUGCAGUUAAGUUCAGCCCCGAUGGAAAAUUGUUUGCAGCCUGCUGUGAGCAAACAGUGUUCAUAAUGACAGCACCAAGCAGCUUUACCGGCGAGUUUCGUUCGUUUGUAAUGAAACGUGUAUUUAAAAAAGCCCACGACGAAGUAACUUGUCUGGACUGGUCAUCUUGCGGCAAAUUAUUAGCAGUUGGCUCCAAAGAUACCACAACAAAAAUAUAUACAGCGGAUUACUUAGAUAAUAUAAAUAUGUAUUCCCUAAGCGGGCAUACGGAUAAAAUAGUUGGAGUGUUCUUUGAGAAAGGGAGUUUGGAUCUUAUAACUGUUAGUCGUAAUGGUCAGAUUUGCUUGUGGGAGGCUAGUAUUGAUGCAGAUGAUUUAGUGACGUCAGCUGUGCAAAUAUCUCAUAAAAAAAGGCGGAAAUUGCAAAAGGAAAAUGAUUUGCAAGAGGAUGAAGUCGAUGAAAAGAAUGUUGUGGAAAAGGAUAAAGAAUAUGAAAGCGAUAAAGACGAGGAAAUGGAUAUUAAAUCAGAAAAAGUUGAAGAUGAUAAGAGAUUGCAAUAUAAUAAAUUAGGACGUCAUUAUAUAGGAGAUGCGAUCAGAAAUGCACAUCACAAAGUACGAAUAUCUGCUGCCGCUUAUCAUAAGGGUACGAAGAUAUUAGUUACUGGCUUUACAUCUGGAAUAUUCUUCCUACACGAAAUGCCAGAUGUAAAUUUAAUACACACUCUGAGUAUAUCUGAGCACAGAAUCAGUAGUAUAUCUAUGUCGCCUCAAGGAGACUGGAUAGCAUUUGGUUGUCCAAAUAUUGGACAAUUGCUUGUUUGGGAAUGGCAGAGUGAACAAUAUGUAAUGAAACAACAAGGACAUUCUCUCGACAUGACCUGCCUUGCGUAUUCACCCGAUGGCCUCUAUAUAGUAACGGGAGGCUAUGAUGGAAAGGUCAAAGUGUGGAAUACGACCUCUGGCUUUUGUUUCGUGACCUUUAAUGAACAUAAAUCAACUGUGACAAGUAUCGAGUUUAGUGCAAAUAAAAAAUUCUUUGUUUCCUCAUCAUUGGAUGGAACAGUUAGGUGUUAUGAUCUUACCAGAUACCGUAAUUUCCGUACACUAACGUCACCGAGCUUAGUCCAGUUCGGUUGUGUGGCCUUGGACUCUAGUAGCGAGCUAUGUGCGGCCGGGGGUCACGAUGUCUUCGAGAUUUUCAUCUGGUCUAUUAAGUUUGGAAAGCUUUUAGAGGUACUAGGGGGCCAUGAAGCGCCAGUAGCUUGUCUAUCCUUCAGUCCGAUAUUAUCUAGUUCCCGCCUCGCCUCUGCCUCUUGGGACAAAACAGUUAAACUAUGGAACUGUAUAGAAACUAGUUCAGAAUGUGAGACAAUACAGUUAUUGGCGGAUGCUUUACAAGUAGCUUUCAGACCUGAUGGAGAAGAGAUAGCAGUAUCAACUCUAGACGGUAACAUCACUUUCUUCAACGUCACCACUUGCGACCAGACCGGUAGUGUUGAGGGCAGGAACGACCUAGGCUCCGGCAGAGCUGAUACUGAUCUCAUCACUCCCGAGAAAAUGUUGAAAACAAAAGCGUUUACGACUAUUUGCUACUCAGCGGACGGCUCGUGCAUUCUCGCGGGAGGAAAUUCGAAAAAUGUUUGCUUAUACAGCAUCAAGGAGUCAGUUCUGAUCAAAAAGUUCGUCAUAACACAGAAUAGAUCGCUCGAUGCUGUUAAUGACGUUAUAAAUCGUCGUUUUCUCACCGAGUUCGGCAACAUGGCACUUGUGGAAGAGAGAACAGACUUCGAAGGAGGAGACGUUAAUAUUCGCCUACCGGGAGUUAAGGCCGGCGAUAUGGCCGAUAGGAAUGUUAAGCCUGAGGUUCGUGUACAUUGCGUGAGAUUCUCACCGACUGGUGAAAACUUCGCUGUAGCGGCUACCGAGGGACUAUUAAUUUACAGUCAAAACGCUGGACUCGAUGGCUCUUUCAGGCCCUUCCGCCUGGAGACCCAGUCGACCCCGCUGGCGGUGCGGCAGCUGCUGCAGGCGCGCUCGUGGGGCGAAGCGCUGCUCGCCGCUCUCCAGCUCAACACCCACGAGCUGAUCCAGCGCUGUGUGGAGGCCGUGCCUCCAUCCGACAUUCAACUAACCGUCUCGAAUCUCGAAGCCGAUUACGCGCAUCGUCUCAUGAACUCCAUAGCCCGUCUACUAGAAGACAGCAUCCAUUUAGAACAUCUCCUCAUCUGGAUAAAGCAUCUAGUGAGCGAUAGGACUACCGUACCUCCCAGUGUGUUACUGGCCUUGGAGAAAAAUCUAACAGUCAAAUAUUCUCAGCUUAGUAAAAUAUGUGACUUCAACAAAUACACGAUACGUUGUAUCAAGGCGGUCAGCGUGAUAACUCCUAAACAACAAGAUGAAGAUAUGCAGAGCGAUCAAUCUAGUGGGCGAGGAACGUUCUCAGAUUCAGAUUCAGAUUAAAAUAUAAUAAUAAAAAAUAAAAUAAAAAACAGACUUUUUUAUUUAUAAAA